AAAUUGAAAGUCCCUCUUUUCAAUUCAGACCAAAAUUAUAAAAUCCCUCCUUUAUUCUUUUCCUUCAACACAUUUCAUAUUAAAUUUUUAUACAGCUUUAGAUCUGAGAGCAAAGAACUUUUUUUGGGUUUUUUGUUUGAAGUUCUUUUGGUGUAAAAUUUUGAUCUGAAUUCGAAAAAGGCUUUCAUUUUAAUUUUGGGUUUUCUUUUGUUGGGUUUUUUUUUUUUUUUAAUCUUUUGAUCUGCAAAAGAGAAAGCUUUUUCUUUUGAAGAAUUUGGGGUAAAUUUUUCUUUUUAAAAAAAAAUUGAAAUUUUGGGUGAAAUGGAGGUUUCGGUAAUUAGGAGUUCUUGUCAGGCAAAGAUCUGUAAAACGGAGUUAGGAUACAGAGAUUUGAGGUUUUGUUUUGGGAAAAAUCAUGAUAAAAAUAAAAUAUUUUCUCGAAAACCAAACAGUGUUUGUUAUGAGAGUCAAAUUACGAGGUUAAGAAAAGCUGGGCUCAGAUUUACGGUGAAAGCUGUCCACUGUGAACCCAUUCUUGAAUCUAAGUCUGCAACAAGAUUCAAAUCUCUUGAUCGUGUAAGAUUAUUUGUUGGCCUGCCAUUAGAUGCAGUUUCUGAGUGCAAUACGGUAAACCAUACCCGGGCGAUUGCAGCAGGACUAAAAGCUUUGAAGCUUUUGGGCGUGGAAGGUGUUGAAUUGCCUGUGUGGUGGGGAGUGGUUGAGAACCAGGCAAUGGGAAAGUAUGAGUGGUCAGGCUAUCUUACUGUUGCAGAGAUGGUUCAGAAAGCAGGUCUCAAGCUUCAUGUAUCACUCUGUUUCCAUGCAUCUAGACAACCUAAAAUCCCACUUCCCAAUUGGGUGCUGGAGAUUGGGAAAUCCCAAUCUAGGAUAUUCUUUACGGAUCGGUCAGGAAGGUGUUAUCAGGAAUGUCUAUCACUGGCUGUUGAUGAUCUUUCUGUUCUUAAUGGAAAGACUCCAAUUCAAGUUUACCAGGAUUUCUGUGAGAGCUUUAAGUCUGCAUUCUCACCUUUUAUUGGUCGUACAAUCACUGGAAUCUCAAUGGGUCUGGGACCAGAUGGUGAGCUUCGGUAUCCCUCUCACCACAAGCCUGCCAAAAGUGGCACGAUUACUGGAGUUGGGGAGUUUCAAUGUUAUGACAUAAACAUGCUUAACCUUCUUAAGCAGCAUGCUGAAGCAAAUGGAAACCCAUUAUGGGGACUAGGUGGUCCACAUGAUGCCCCCACUUAUAACGAGUCACCUAACUCUAAUAACUUCUUCACGGAUCACGGUGGAUCAUGGGAAAGUCCUUAUGGUGACUUCUUCCUUUCCUGGUACUCCAGCCAGCUCAUAUCUCAUGGAGAUCGUCUCCUGUCUCUUGCCUCUUCAAUUUUCAGGGAUACUGCAGUGAAUGUUUAUGGGAAAGUCCCACUGAUGCACUCGUGGUACAAAACCCGGGCACGCCCAUCUGAUCUCACAGCUGGCUUCUAUAACACUGCCUCAAGAGAUGGCUAUGAAGCAGUAGCAGAGAUAUUUGCAAGGAACUCAUGCAAAAUGAUCUUGCCUGGGAUGGACCUGUCAGAUGAGCACCAGCCGCAUGAAUCUCUCUCGAGCCCUGAAUCAUUACUUGUACAGAUUAGAACAGCUUGCAGAAAGCACGGGGUUGAUGUUGCAGGCCAGAACUUGGCUUAUGGAGCUCCUGGUGGUUUUGCGCAGAUCAAGAAAAACAUGUUGGGUGAGGAUGUGUUAGACUUGUUCACUUUUCAGAGGAUGGGAGCUCAUUUCUUCUCACCGGAGCAUUUUCCUUCAUUCACCGAGUUUGUCAGGAGCUUGAGUCAACCUGAGUUGCAUUUAGACGAUUUGCCCAUCAAAGAGGAAGAAGCCACCGCAUCUGUAAAUACGAGUUCAGAUCCCAACAUCCACAUGCAAGCAGCUUAGAGGGAAUUAAAAAGAGACAUAUUUAUGUGUGCAUAGUAUUCUUGGAGCGAAGCAGUGGAACAUUUCUUAACGCAUGCACCAAUUCUCUUUAAUUUUCCCUUUGGGAACAAGGAAUCCAA